AUGGUCGGCAGCUCCCAAAGGCCGAAAGUCCCAGCGAUCUCCGUCAACGGACCCCAAUCCCGACCGGCCAGCUUCCACACUCCCACCCGAUCCACAGAUCAACGGUCGAACAGCGGCGUGUAUCUACAGCAAAACCCCCCGAGACAACCAAUUCAACAAACUUCUCGGAGCGGUGAGUGGGUGCCGGGCGUCAUCCCUCGCCAGAACCUCCAACAGUCGCACGCCCAGUUCAUGGCCUUGGAAAAAGAGUUUCAGAACCUCGUAAAGUCUUCCUCGCCGAACCACUCCCGCCAUGAUAGUUUCGACAGCGCGAUCUCGACCCGGAGUAGCUACUCCCGGCCAUCCUCUGCCACGAGCCAAUCCUCCUCUGGCCCAGCCGACAUGAAAGAUGCCCCGUUGCAUGGAGCUAGAAGAAACUACACCUCCUCCCCGUUAGCCAAACCAACGAGACCUUCGGUCGAUACAACAGCCAGUUCAAAUAGUCCUACGCAUAAAAACGGUCCUCCCGCGACGGCGGUUCCUUCGAGCAAGAAACAUACAAGAGGAGAGAGCAAAAGCUCCAGGCUUCGACGGGUGCUAUCAAUUGGUAGCCUUGAUAAUGUUUCAAAGUCUGGCGAGAGUGUAGCUGAGAGCCAGGAUGGUAAAGAUACAAAAUGGGGAGAGGUCGAUGGUGGUCAAGAACAUGGAAGCGAACGGCCACAUACACCUAAUCGCGAGCACGGAAUCUACGGCUCUAACAUCUUCAGUCGAUCGCUGGAGAGUAUCGCGGCUUCCACAAAAGCCUCCUCGGCAUCUGCCAUGAUUAAGAAGGUGGGCAGCGGUGUGAGGAGAGGCUCUCGGUCACUGUCCGGGCUCUUCCGUCCCAAGUCCCCUUCGCCACUCGUCACAGAAGUGAGCCAGCCUGCCGUGUCGAUGGUCACGGUCGAGGCCGAGACACCGAUCGUUAAAGUCAGCCAGCCUGCUGUAUCGAUGGUCACGGUCGAGGCUGAGACGCCGCUCGUCAAAGGGCCGCUACCCCCUAAGGUUUCCGAGGCGUUUCCUACUAUAGGACUCGGCUCGCCGAAAGCCAGCUUUGAGCACGAGGUUCCCAAAAUUCCAGAGCGGAACAGGAGUGACUCUCUAAGUCCACCGGAAGAUCCCAAGGCGCAGAGUAUGGGGUUGAUUCGCGGCACCAGCCCGAUCCCCAAGGGUAUUCUUAAGGGGUCGGCGAGUCCUGAUUUACGUCCAACGUCUAGAAAAGAGGUGCCGACUUUUUCUGAUGUUUUCUCAUCUCCAAGCCCAAGUGUCCCCAGCACCCCAACAAACGAGGCCCAGGAUUCCCGCAUGCUCAAUCCCUUCCUCACGGGUGAUUUUACGAGUGAUCUCACGAGCGAUCUCGAUGGUUUGAUGGAGGCUUUGAAUCGGGUAAACGGCAUUGAUGAGCCUAUCGAGGCUGUACAAGCCGUACAAGCUGUGGCCAAACCAAAGCAUCACACCUCAUUUUCUCCGCGUCUCGUCUUCUAUGAGACGUGGACGCCGGAGGAAUACGACAGACGGGGGGAAGUUGCAACCUGCAAUCUGCUCACGCCCAAAUUGGCCCAGCAAAUAAAGGAGGAAAUCAACACAUUUAAAUUGGAAAUGGACGUGCAUGAGACGUCGAAGAUGUACACACAAUUUCACUAA